AUGGAAGACACGAAAGUUACAAUAUUAGAAGACACGAAAGACAUAAAAUUAAAAGACGUGAAAGACACAAAAUUAGAAGACACGAAAGACAUAAAAUCAGAAGAUGCAAGAGACACGAAAUUUAUUCUUUCAAUUGAUGGUGGAGGUUUUCGAGGUUUAAUCCCUGCUGUUAUCCUCAAUGAAUUAGAACAAAGGGUGACUGAAGAAAUAAAAAAAGAUCACCCAGAUAUUGAUGUUGAUAUAAGAUGUGCUGAUUUAUUUGAAAUUAUAUCUGGUACUUCGACUGGCUCUAUACUUGCUUUGGGUUUAUCGCUUCCUGAUAAACACAAACGUCCUAAAUACGAUGCUAAAUAUAUCGUGGAUUUUUAUAAAGAACAUGGUUAUGAUGUUUUUCCUGAUUAUUCGGCUGUUAUGUCUGUCGAUAAACUAUUACCGAAAUUACCUGAAAUACCGAACCUUUCUGCUUAUGAUAUGGUUAAGUCACUAAUUGGUGCUGUGACUGUUCCUAUUGGUUCAAUUAGCGCUGAGAAUAACAAAGAUAUUAUUACUAAAAAUACUAGUGAAUCCAAAAAAUCUUUCUUCAACUUUUCUUGGUGGAAUAAAAAAGAAAAAAAUAUUAACAAUUCCAAAAAAAGGAAAGCUGCUAGGGAAUUCAGGAGAAUUAUUAUAAUUAAUAAAACGAAGAAAAAUAAAUCUUCCAAGAAUAAACUUGAUGAUACACCAGAAAUUACAAUUAAUGAUACAUUCGAAGAUAUAACCAAUGCUACAUCGGAAAAUAUAAUCAAUACUACAACAAUCAAUUCUACACGUAAACAUAUAAUUAAUGAUAAAUCUGAAGAUACGAUUAUUGCUAUACCUGACGAUACAAUCACUGUUGAAUCUGAAGAAGUAGCCAGUAUUUAUAAAGAAAAUCAUCAUAGCAUAUGGGAGCAUUUAUCGGAUUUAGUAAAUGCUUUUAAUCCUUGGAUGCCUAAAUAUCCACCUAAGGGAUUUGAAAGUUUACUAGAAAAAAGUUUCAAACAUAAUAAACUCGAGGAAACUGUAAAUGAUGUGACUGUAAUCAUUCCAGCUUAUAAUAUCACAACUAGUGCAUAUACACUUUUUACAAAUUAUAACCCCGAAUAUAAAGAACAUUAUAUGAAAGAUGUUAUACGUGCAAGUGCUGCUGCUCCAACAUAUUUUCCUGCAAAACUUAUAGGUUCUCAUUAUUUCAUAGAUGGUGGUGUUUUUUCGAAUAAUCCAACUGUCAAAGCUUAUCUUGAAGCAAAAAAAAAGUAUCCGAACUCGAAAUUUGUUGUACUUUCGCUCGGUACUGGUUAUCAUAAAGAACCUCUAGAAGAUUAUAAAGAUUGUGGUGUUAUUCAGUGGAUAAAACCAUUGAUUAAUCUUUUAUUUAAUUCUGAGCUUGAUAAUCAUGACAAUACUAUGAAACUUUUGGCUGAUCUUGACGGUACAAGUUACUAUCGGAUUCAAUUGAAGUUGAAGGAAGAGGAUAACAAUAUGGAUAAAGUUUCUGAUACUGAAGUUAAAAAACUUACUGAUUUGGCCCAUGAUGCUAUUAAAAAUCCUGUUUAUAAGUUUGAAGAAAUUGUUGCUUUACUCGUUGAUAAAUGUAAGAAACAUAAUAUCGUUCCUACUAAAACUUCUAGAAGAAAUUAA